UUCUUUCUGUUCGAUUAACCUGUCAAAAUUGUGUGCAAUCAAGCGAUCGCUACCCACGUGUGUUUGUUUACAAAUAAAUCGUUUUCUCAGGACUAUGGGUAAGAAGAGGAAACAUGAGAGUAAAGAAACUUCUGAAGAGGUUGUUGAUCUCGAAACAGUGAUUAAAAAGACAAAGAAAGAGAAGAAGAAGAAAACACAGGAUGUAACAGACAAUGAUGCAGAUCUUAGUGAAAGAUGUGAAGAAAAUUCAGUGAAUAGAAAGACAAAGAAAGAAAAGAAGAAAAAAGAUAUUUCUUCCGAUGUCAAAGAAGAUAAUGAAAGUGAUAAAACUGAAGAAAAAAUGCAGGUGAAAGAAAUGAGAGAUACACAAUCUAAAGGUAAAAAGAAGAGGAAAGAAGAACAAGGAAGUGAUUCUAUUGAAGAUACUCCAAUUCAAACUACAGAUGAGCUGAGUCAUAGUAGUCGAAAGAAGCAUAAGAAAGUAAAGGGUGAUACUAAUGAAGCAGAAACUAAAGACAUAGAUAAAGAAGAUAAAUCUUUGACUGAUUCUAUAAGAAAUAUGAAAGAAAAUAAAUUUGAUGCCAAGAAAGAAAAUAAAAAGAAGGGUAACAAAAUAUUAUUGGAGGAGCAGGAUAAUAAAACUGAAACACCAAAAAAUAUUUCAAAGGUUAAUCGGAAAGAAAGUGCUGAAAGUGAGAAUAAACCUGUUAAAAGCCAGUCGACAACACAAAAUAUGUUGCUAGAAAAAUUAAAAAGUGUUCAGUCCAAAAGAAGUGAAAAGGUUCUUCAGAAAGAAUCAAUUACUGCAAAGAAAAGGCCAUCUCAAAAUUCUGGUGCUGCAAUUCAGCCAGCAAACAGUGAUGUAAAAAAAGAAAGUGGAGUCAAACAAAUUAAUAAUGAAUCGGUUGAAGAUGCUGAUGAAGAAGACCCGGAAAAGGCUGAGAUCAGAAUGAAAAAGAGAGAGAAGAGACGACUGAAGAAGGUCCAAAAAGAGAAACACAAGAAGGAACAGGCAGAAAAGGCUGGGACAGCAAAAGUUGCAGCAGUUGAGUAUCUGGAUCUUUGGGAGAACAAAAGAGAGGAGUGGAAGUUCAGCAAAGUCAGGCAAUGCUGGCUGCUUCAGAAUAUGUAUAAGGCCUCACUGGUCGACAAUGACCAUUUCGCAAUACUGCUGAAGUAUCUGGAGAAAUUACAAGGUCGGGCAAGGGACGUAACUGUUGCAGACGCGGAAAAAUUGCUGCAAGAAGGAGAAAGCGAUGAUGAGGAUGAAGAUGAAGACAAUGAUGAUGAUGACGAAAAGGAGGAGGAGGAUGAAGAAGGGGAGGAGGGUGAUGGUAAAAAGACUGAUGUGAAAGAAGAAAAAAAGAAAGUUAAAGAAGUUGACCCAGUUCAGGAGGAUCGAGCAAAGCAGAUCAUACAGCUUCUCUCAGCGUAGCGAUGACCUUUUAUGAGCUUCAUCCAUCAACAGCUUCUGUACAACUGUGUUCUAUAUAGUCCUUUCGAAUCAAUUGAAUAAUAUUUGUGAAGAACCAUAAAUGGGAAAGAACCAUGAACUUCAAUUUAAUUCAGCAACUUCAGGCCCAGAUUUUUCGAAACUUCUUAAGUCUGCUCUUAAACAUGAUUAAGCUAAGCUCAAUGUUUUUGUUUUUAUGUUAUAUUAAUUUGCGUAAUAUUUACUUCUUUACAAGUUCUUUUUUUACUUUAAAUUGGAAAUAUCUUUAUGCUUAUCUCAAUGAAACAUAUUUUGUUUAUUAAAAUCAUUUUUUAAGUAUGUAUUUUGGCUAUUGAAUUGAAAUAAGCUACUUAAGCCUGUUUAGCUUAAUCAGUUUUGAGAAAUCGGGGCUAGUUGUUUUCCUUAUAAUUUCACCAUGAUUGUGUAUUACAGAAGAAAGACUCAUUGGUGAAGUUUUAUCCUUAACAAGACAGAACUUGUGUUUUAAACAAAGAGAAAGGCACUGCACAAGAUCUUUUCUUCAUUUAAGGUCCCAACAAAACAUUGUAUAAAGAAACAAGGACACUGCUUGGCAGUAACUAUUCACCAAUUGUGUUCCAUAUACAUGUAGCUUGUGAUGUGAUAAUGUAAACUGAAGAGAAAAGGGUGAUUUAAAGAAACACAAACUAUUGGUACCUAGCUGAUGCAACAUUUUAACUAUGUUCCAUAUUCAUUGUACCAGUUUAAUAUGAUAAAAAAAAAUCAGAAAAUCAGUGCAGUAAGUUAUUUCAGAGCUCUGUUAUGUAUUCAUCUGCUAAAUGUCUUUGACAUAAAAAUUGAAUUAAGAAGCUAUAUGUACAUUUACAAGUACAAAAUAAACGUCACAGAUGUUGCAAAUGCCAAGGUCAAACUUAAAUUUAAAACUUGUAUUUUGUAUUCCAGAGUGUGAGCAUUAUGAGCUUGCUUUUUCGUUUUCCAAAUCCAUUCAUUUUAAGCAUAAACAUGCAUGUACCAAGUUUAUUCAUGUGAAUAUUUUUAACAUCUUUCGAGGAACUUUUUUUUUUAGUUAUAUAAAUGUAUAUAUAUAUAUAUUUAUAAACAAAGAAAAAAGGUGAAAAAAGUAAAGAAAAUAUAAACAGUAUGUUCUUGUACAAAAUAUAUUAGUUUUUAUUGUUUUUAAAAUGUACGUGGUCUAGAUAAAACAAUUUUACAACUGACCAAUUACUUAGUUCUGUAUCUUUAAUAUUUGAUUUUUUCAUAAAAAUUCCAAGCAAGUUUCUUUUGAGGAACUUUAAUCACAUUUGAUUUAGCACAAUAACAAUACCAAGGUUACAACCUCAUGUUUUAUUUGAUUAGCUAAUUAAUAAAAAUAUGUUUUCUCUUA